GGUUUCAAUGAUUCAGGUCAAUCCAAGACUGUUCUUCACCAACAUUUUUAGUCUGAUUUCGACUCGAAUCUUAGCUAUGAAAUGACGGAGUUUCGGAUUUUCCAAUUGUGUUUUGAGCGAAAACUCGAUUUCAAAGCUGUUGAAUUUGAAGGGGAUUUGUGGAAUUUGUGUGAUUAUUGGACAGAAAUCAGUGAAUUCGAGUAAAUUUUUUGUUUUUUUUGGGUUGAGAGUUUGAAAAUUUGUGAGUGUUGGAUUUUGAUUUUGAAUUUGAAGUUGAUGGAGAAAGGCGAAGGAGGAGGGGAUUUCCCUCCAAAAAAGUCUCAAUCGCACACGCCCGUGUUGGUAGCCGCACCGACGUCGGAUUUUCCGGCGAAGAAGCUUGCAAGGCAGCUGGAUUUUACGGGUUUUGGUGGCACAUCGACGGCGGUGGUGUUGCCGGAGCACCCUCAACAGCCGGCGGCGGCUCAGCCACUGCCGCCGCCACAGCAACAGCUACUGGCGAUGCCGAUGCAAUCUCAGUCGCCUCUUCCUUCAAUUCGGCCUGUAAAACCAGAGUCCCCUAAAACGCGGUCGAAAACAAAUGUCGAAGUAAAAGAGGGUACUCCGAAGAAGCAAAAGCAGUGUAACUGCAAACACUCAAAAUGCUUGAAAUUGUAUUGUGAGUGCUUUGCAUCUGGAAUAUACUGUGAUGGAUGCAACUGUGUAAAUUGUCAUAAUAAUGUUGAAAAUGAGGCUGCCAGGCGAGAAGCUGUUGGAGCUACCUUAGAGCGUAAUCCAAAUGCAUUCAGGCCAAAAAUUGCUAGCAGUCCGCAUGGAAGUAGGGAUAGUAGGGAGGAGGCUGGGGAAGUGUUGGUGUUGGGAAAGCACAACAAGGGAUGCCAUUGCAAGAAAUCAGGGUGCCUUAAAAAGUACUGCGAGUGCUUCCAAGCCAAUAUACUCUGCUCUGAAAACUGUAAGUGCAUUGACUGCAAAAAUUUUGAAGGUAGUGAAGAGAGGCAAGCUCUCUUCCAUGGAGACCAUGCCAAUGACAUGACAUAUAUCCAGCAGGCAGCAAAUGCUGCCAUUACUGGUGCUAUUGGCUCCUCCGGUUUUGGAUCCCCUCCAGUAUCCAAGAAAAGAAAAGGUCAAGAGUUCUUUUAUAGGCCAACAGCCAAAGAUCCAUCCAUUCAUAGGCUUGGACAAUUACAGCAGACAAACCACAUAAAAGCUUCUUCUCAUUCCCCUUCCUUGUCUUCCAUUCCCAUUUUGCGUGUUGGUAGCAGUGCAACGUUGGGCCCUUCAAAAUUUGCGUACAGGUCACUUUUAGCAGACAUCAUCCAACAACAGGACUUGAGGGAGCUUUGCUCUGUUUUGAUGGUGUAUUCAGCAGAAGCUGCCAAGACUCUAACAGACCAAAGAAAUGCAAUGGAGAGCCAGGCACAAGAUCGGAUGGAAAGCUCUGUUGCUUCAUCAGCUCAAGACCGGUUACAAAGCCAGAAGGGAUCCGAAGCUGAGAACACUGUAGCUGAUGAUUGCUCAAGUGGAAACCAUGCUGAGAAAAUCAGUUCUGAUGAGUCCAAUUCAGAUGGUGUGGAUAUAUCAAAAGGAAGGCCAAUGUCUCCUGGAACUUUGGCAUUGAUGUGUGAUGAACAAGAUGCGAUGUUCAUGGCUGCUGCUUCCCCUAAAGGGUUAAUGAACCAUGGUUUUAAUGCAUCUUCACAGUUGCCUAAUGGGCAAGGCAUGACAGAAGUUUAUGCAGAGCAAGAAAGGAUAGUUUUGACAAAGUUUCGAGAUUGUCUCAACAGGCUCAUCACUUUAGGAGAAAUAAAAGAAACAAAGUGUUCUUCGUUGGCCAGAACCGAUUCAGGAGGUCUAAAAGACCCAUUAGGUAACGGCGUUGCAAAUGCCAGAACAGAAACAAGAAAUCAACAAGAACCCUUUAGGAACGGUGUUGCAAAAUCUACUGUUCCACCUACACCCAUGACAUCAACCACUGCUUCAAAUAAUGACCCGUUUUCAAAGAUUUCAUCCCGCAAAAAUGGGAAUGUAAAACCAAAGACCGAGAAAGAGAUGUAAAAAGAUUUAGGACAGAAGAUUCACCCCCACAGGUAUGCUGCUACAUCUCUGUAACAUUAGGCCAUUGUUGUCUUGUCUUUGUUGUAGCAGCGCGAUUAUAUCAGCUCCUGUCAUUUAACUGACCAGGGUCUGAUCCAUUUCUUACAUUAUUCAUUUAACUUAGAUUUGAUAUCAAAUUUUCAGUCUCGAGUACAGUUCUUUAAUAGGUUAUGUAGAAUGCAGAGCCAUAUAAAUGGUCGAGAUAUUGUUAGAUGCCGAUGAUCAUCUUAGCUUGUAUCCCUAAAUUCUAGGGCAAAUUUUUAUUGAAUCACAUUGCUGAGAAACAAAAAGCAAUUUUCUCAUUUUUAGGGGUUUGUAACUUAGAAUUCCUGAUUUUUUUUGUUUUUGUUUUUGUUAUGUUCUAUUUUGGAUGUUGACCAUUUUUCAAUAAAGUUGUGCGAAAGGGAUGAACAGGACCAACCUACAUUAAGGUGGGUUACCUCGGCUAUACCCAUGCUGUGACUACUA